CCGCGAUUCUCGACCCUGGGCUCGCGGACGACUUCAAUCUGCGACUAUCUCGCUACACAACGAAAAUAACUCUGUGCUUCUGUUCUCUGGCGUCAAAUAUGAGCUGAACAGCUGCCUUAAAUUCCAUAUUCAGCUCCAAGUCUCAGCGCCGCAAAACCGAUCGCUCUCCAAGAUACAAUAGCAUUGCUUUUUGCAUUCGAGACUGUCUCAAUCCUCACCAUGGCCUCUUCAGCAGGCCUGACGCCUUUACCUACCUCAGUGCACCACUCUACAACCCGUCUGACGCAUUCUCAAGCGCACUCCUUUCUCUCGGCAUUCCUUGACCGUGCAGAAAAUGACGCCGCAUACAGACCGGACAGCACACUGACGGAACGUGGUCCCCAGGCGCUGUCCAGUGGAUCGACGCCCAAUCUGACGCUGAGUCAUUUGAAGAGGAUCUUGAGUGGAAUGGAGGGAAAACGUAUCGGUGGAAGCCUCGGGCUAGAAAAGGAAGCGAAAGGAAAGGGCGAGCAUCCUGCGGACGAACAGCUUGAAGGGUCGGGAGACUCAGACGAGGGUCAGACACCGCGGAAGAGAGGGAGUCAAAAACGCGCCCUGAAUGAAGAUGAGGCCGAGGACGAGAACCCCGAAACCCCGAAAUCCAAGAAACAGAAACGCAAAAUCAUCUACUCUGUCAAUCAAGAGGGCGUUGAGGACCCGCAAGUGGGCGCUGACGUUGAAGCCGACACGCUAGGUCAGGAUCGAGUGGAGGAUGACUGGCAAGACGCUGAGACCUAUGCGCUGGCGCAGACCGAAUUACUGGAUGAUGACCAGCCCACCGCAGCCGAAGAUCAAUCUGAACUCGAGGGCGGAGGCGAAGUCGAAGGCGACGAGCACGAGUUCGAAGAACAGGACGCUACAGAACUUGACGGUUCCAGUGAGCCCGAGAACCAGAGUCAUACCGCAAUAAGGAAACGGAAGCAACGAGGCGGUGAUGAAGAUGCAGAUGGAGAGGGCAGAGAGCAGAAGACCAAGAAAAAGAAAGCGACGGACACCGUCAUGGCUGAGAGAACGAGGGUAAAAGGCAAGCAGGAGAUGAGUAAAGAGGAUAGGAAGAAAAUGAAGAAGAUGCGACGGAAGGAUGAGAAGAAGGAGAGACAACGGGAGAGGGAAGAGAGGAACAAGAAUCGGUAGAAAUGGGACACAGGCUGGCAGCUGGGCGAUCGAGCAGCCCCAAGAAAAACCCGGCUCCGCGCUACGAGCUCGGAGACGGAAAGCGACGACAUCUGUGUCGUCUGCUCUCGGGUAUUCCAUGUCUAGCCGUCAACCCCGUCCAAUGCAUCGAUUGUUCCAACAAGGGGAUGCUCGAGUAUAGAGUAUAUGGGGCUUCAGCACGUUCGAAACUAGAAAAGCCAUAAAGGCGCCGCCCCCCACCCUCGUCACAUGGCGGCAUGCGAAGCGAAACUAACGAGAAUAACGUUGAUUUACAUUGAAGCUAUCGCCUAUGAGCUCAUAUUCCUGAAAGUACUUGAUCGACUCACAGAAAUAUCCAGGUGGUUGCAGCAAAGUUUGCAAGAAUGUUACAGCGCUCAAUGCGAUGGCAAAGACAUCUUUCCCACGUUCCAAGCAUCUCAUUCAACAUCGUCCCCUU